AUGGCGUCCGCGGUGUUUUUCAAGAUCUCGAGGCUUGAUUCUAGUGCGCAGACCAAGCUCGUGUCAUUCAGAACCAGGGCGGAUGGUGUGGCCGAGGUCAUGGAAUUGGUGAGAGGUGGCAGGUACGAUGUGGAAGAGGUCUUUACAGCUGCGACGGACGCUGUAACGGAGACUGAGUGGCGAAAGGAUUCCAGCCAGGGUCAACUUCGCUUGUCGGCGGUUCUGUGA